CCAAUCAGGCGGGGAGUCUGGCCAGCGGAGCGAGUUGGGAUGUUGUCCCCGCGGGUCUGCGUCUUCCCCUCGACCCGGGAGCUGGGCCCGGCCGUGGGCCGCUUCUUGCUGGCUCAGGCCGGCGCGGCGGUGCGGGAGCGCGGCCGCUUCGCCUUGGCCGUGUCGGGGGGCAGCCUGGUGCCGCUGCUGGCCGCCGAGCUGCCCGAGGCCGCUGUCCGGGAGCCCGAGCCGCCCGGCGCCGCCUGGAGCCGCUGGGUCCUCGGCUUCUGCGACGAGAGGCUCGUCCCGUUCGAGAGUCCGGACAGCACCUGCGGCCUGUACCGGAAACAUCUACUCUCCAAGAUUUCCAUUCCUAAUAACCAUGUGGUCGCAAUUAAUCCCACGCUUUCUGUGGAGGAGGCAGCAGACAAGUAUGCGGAGAGUUUGAGAGAGCUGUUUCCAGGCGAUAACAUACCAGUGUUCGACUUGCUAAUCCUGGGGAUCGGUCCCGAUGGACACACUUGCUCUCUGUUCCCAGACCAUCCCCUUCUGCAGGAACAAAGUAAGAUCAUUGCUCCAAUCAGUGACUCGCCUAAACCACCACCGAAGCGUAUAACCAUGACCCUGCCUUUGCUGAAUGCAGCACGCUGUGCUCUGUUUGUGGUGACCGGUGAGAAUAAGGCUGCUGUGUUAAAGGACAUUCUAGAAGGUCACAAUGAAAACCCACUGCCUGCUGCUCGUAUCCAGCCAGUGAAGGGUGAGGUACACUGGCUUAUUGAUGAAGCUGCAGCAAGCAAGCUGACCAUCAAGGUGGACCGGGCAUUGGUAUAGACCAGGAAGAUACUGCAGAUGUGGAAAUCUGAACUGAAAACAGAAAAUGCUGGCACUGCCCAGCAGGACAUGCUGCAUCUGUGGAGAGAGAGAGAGAGAGACACAGUUAAUGUUUCACGUUGAGGACCUUUCAUCAGAACUGCUGGUGUAAGUGAAUGGGAGCUGUUCUGACGAGAGGUUAUUGAUGUGAAACGUUAACUCUUGCUUCUCCCUGGACACACACUGCCAGACCUGCUGAGUAUUUUAAUUUGCUGCCUUGGAUCCACACAUCAGAAUGUAAAAAGUCUCCUGAGGCGCUCAGGCCUAUAAUAUUUUGGUUUAAUGAUCCCAGCCUGCAUGCUUCAUUUAGAAACAAAACACAUCCGGUUGCCUCCCAAAAUGGAACAUAUCAGCUUGUUGACUUGUAACUAAUCCACUUUUCAAACUCUUGCAGAGAAUUGCAGAAAAUGCUCUCUCUCAAACAAGAACCAAAGCUUAGUGAAAUCACUGAAGUCUUUAAAACAUGUUCUAAAUUGGAGAAUGAAGGCUUUCAGUUACUUUAAGUAAACUUUCUAACUUCUGUUCUUUCAGUGGGGUCCUAACUUAAAAUCUAAUUUAUUUCCUUUUUGCCCGCAAUCCAAGUUAUGGUGUUUGUUAAGUUCUUGCCACGUUGUGUAAAGUCUUGUAUGAGGUGAGGCGCGAUUCCCUUUACCUGAAGCACCUUCUUUGGUAUCACUUGAGGGUCCUGCAAGCAUCUGGGUCCAACGUCCGAAACUGGGAAGCAGACAGUGAGUCAGGGUGAGGUUGUAUUGCCGCACUAGUACCUGCCCGUACAAAAGCAGGGGAUUUAUAGCCACACGCAUGCCAAUUUGGACGAGGGUCAGUGCGUGUUUUGCAACUGUUUCACUGAACUGAACCGUUAUGAGAUAGACAAAUUGUUCAGUAAUGGACCAAACACUUAAGAGGAAAUUUUAUAUCAGUUUCAAAGUUUAAGCUGGACUUCUAUGCGUUUUGCUGGUUGUACAUGUCUGAACUGCGUUGCAUGUUUAAUUGACCGUGGUUUUCGGGGGAGGGUGAUAUAUAAUCUGAUACUUUGGGUACCGAACCCCAAAUGAGCUAGCUCACCAGACAUCUGCUAGACAAACGUGAGCACCCAGCUUAAAAUUUAUGUUAACUUCAAAGACAGGAGGUGUACUUUUCCAAAUCAAUCCAAUGGCUGGCUGGCAUCCCCUGCUUCUGUUUUGACCUGGAAGUAGUUACUAAUUAUCUACCUUCAGGAUAAAAGCAAAGUACCGUGGAUGCUAGAAACCUGAGAUAAAAGCAGAAAGCGCUGGAAAAACUCAGCCGGUCUGGCAGCAUAUGUGGAGAGAGAAGCAGAGUUAAACAUUUUGAGUCCAAUAUGACUGAGUUUCAAAGAAGAGUCACAUUGGGCUCCAAACAUUGACUCUGUUUCUCUCUCCUCAAAAGCUGCCAGACCUGCUGAGUUUUUCCAGCAUUUUUUGCUAUUACCUACCACGAGGUGUUGAUUGGGGGUGUGGGAGGGGCGGUGGUAUGCAAUUAUAUGAUAUGAGCUUGCUAACUAGUUAUUAUGUAAGGCACAAAUUGCCUUUGAGGUAGCUCAUUGGCUAAAUCAGGCUAAAGGAAAAAUAGUAAUCUGGGAAACUAUUAACAGUGUACUGUGCAAGACAAUAAAUCUUCUUUGUGUACUAUU